AGCGAGGGUUAAAGUAGAGGGUUGGCGUGAUUUUGGUUGGUAAGGUAAGAUUUGUUUUGUUUUGCCGGAGUAAAGAUGACACAAGGAUCGCGGAGCAAAGAGUUGAGAGAGUGAUCAUGAUAAGAGUGGUCGCGGAAGAGCGAGGUCACAAUGCGCACAAGCGGCACUGGUCGUCCCAAGCUGCAAACUCGAUUCGUGCUAUAUCAAUGUCUUGAUUCCAUUAAUCUCGGAAGGAGGCGUGGGAUAAGAGUAUUGUCAGGUUUAUGGCAGACAGGUGCGGCCACAGCUUCGUGGUUGGGGGAGGAAAGCAAAGGCGUGCGAGUCGGAAGGUUGAGGUGGGAAGGAAAAUUGAUGAAUCCGUAUCGUAUCGAAUUGCAGACGCCGAAUGAGCCCUGCUCGCGUAGGCGUCAUCUUCGGAGGAAGCUGAGAGGCUGUAGCAAAAGUGUGUAGUGGCCUCAUGGUCGGUGCGAGAAUCAACUCACGUAGUAGAGAUAGAAUCGUUCUGAUGGCGGGCCAGUGGGGGUAAAAAUGACACGUGAGAAAGCAUAACUAGAAGGUAACAAGAGGGAAAGGAAAUGGGGAAAGGGGAAAACGAAAAGCGACGAGAGGGGAAUCGCAACAAAAACAGGACGGUGGCUGCGUU